CAUACAUUGACAAAAUCUCCGCAAACUCGUCAAGUCGCAAGCUGUAGCCAAAAGAAAAGUCCUACUUCUAUGUAGAGGCAUGCACUAACGAUACGCUACUGACUGCUAUGAUUGAUGAACAAUGAGAUCUGCGAAGGCUGUAGUGACUGAAAACGCAGCCGCCGCCAUGCGUGUCCAGGCUCAUGGCGCUCCGGCGCGAACCAUCACAAGUUUAAGGCGAUGGUCUAUAGCCAACAGAGAGCUGCCAGCGGUAUCCCAUAUACGGUCUAUUCAUGUCUACGACUUUGAUAAUACAUUAUUCUUGAGUCCUCUGCCAAACCCACAGCUAUGGAACGGUCCGACCAUCGGGUUUCUGCAGGCCUAUGAGAGCUUUGCGAAUGGAGGCUGGUGGCACGAUCCGAACUUGCUGGCCGCGACCGGCGAUGGCAUCGAUAAAGAAGAGCCACGGGCCUGGGAGGGAUGGUGGAACGAACAGAUUGUUCAAUUGGUCAAGCUGAGUAUGGAGCAGAAAGAUGCCCUGACGGUGCUUCUGACAGGCCGCGGCGAGACCAAUUUCUCCGAUCUUGUCCGGCGUAUGGUGGACAGUAAGAAGCUGGAGUUUGAUCUCAUCUGUCUCAAGCCUGAAGUUGGCCCGAGGAGCCAGCGAUUCUCCACUACGAUGGAGUUCAAGCAAACUUUUCUAGAAGACCUUGUUCUCACUUACGAGCAGGCCGAAGAGAUUCGCGUUUAUGAAGAUCGCGUGAAGCAUGUGAAAGCCUUCCGGGAUUAUUUCGAGCAACUAAACCGCAGGUUUCAGGCACCCAAUAGUGGUAGAAGGCCCAUCGGCUCUGAAGUCAUUCAGGUCGCCGAAGGAUCAAUGUACCUUGCCCCUGUAAUGGAAACUGCCGAAGUGCAGCGGAUGAUCAACUCUCAUAACCUUACUAUUCGCAAUCCGUCGCUCAACCUGGCCAAAUCUCCUUACGGCCGGCUUCGCAUCAAGCGGACUAUUUUCUACACUGGAUAUCUUAUUUCCAAUGCUGAUUCGGGUCGGCUAAUCCGCCAGAUUCUGAACCCUAUGCUGCCAUUCGGGCAUGCCGAUUCUAAUGAUCUGAAAUAUAUGGCCAACAGUAUACUAAUCACUCCCCGUCCAGCGCCCCGAUCCAUUCUUGACAAGGUCGGUGGCAUCGGUAAGAAACUGAGUUGGCAGGUCACUGGGACUGCAUGUUUUGAGAACCGCGUAUGGGCUGCGCGCCUGACACCUGUGCCAGCCACAGAGAAAUACUACACAGAAAACCCCCACCCCGUGGUGGUGCUGGCGGUGCGCAAAGGCGCCCGUCCGAUUGACGCGGGUAAGAUCCAGAAUUGGCACCCCGUCCCUGCCGACAAGGCCUUGACUUUUGAAACGGUCGUCGGAGAGAAAGUUGUCCUUCGUGUUGAGGAAGAGAACCCCAAUGAGGGCGAAUGGGAGAGUCAGUUCUUAAAUAAAAAUCAUAAGAGACGCCAUCAGCAGGAGCGGGAUGAAGAAAUCUUGUAUCCAGAUGGAACUCAGGAUGGGCCGCCCCAUAGCAGGCCGCACUAUAACCCGCGGUAUGGAGGCAACAACCGCAACCACCACGAUGAUGGACCUCGCCGGGGUGGCUCAUACCGCGGCCGCGGCCGUGGCUCGGCGCAGCGAGGCAGAGGCCAUCAAAACCGGGGUGGCACCCGUGGUCGAGGCCGUGGCCGUGAUGCCGGACCUCCAGGAGGGUAUCGGUCCUUGGAUGACUAUGGCGGCGGGUAUGAUGGGAACCACUACGAGGAGAAACCAGGACCAGGCGGGGGCCCGGUGAUGAACUAUUAGUCUUGGCUCUGUGAAGCUAACGGUGGUAUCCUGAGUUGUUCAUUUUGUGUUUACUUGUUGCAAAUUCCUAUUGAAUGAUAUCCUCAAAUGAUACACUACUACCAAGGUUAUGUACCGUGAUUGACAUCAGAUUGAUCUGUCGCAUGAUGCAGAGAUCAUUGAUUUUACAGGCUAGUUGUUGAUAGAUACCACAUGAGAUCCUAGCUGGUGUCAUUUGGGCCCUCCAACGAUGAACUCGAUAU